AUGGCUGCUGGCGGAAGACACCGUUCUCCAGGCUCAGAGUUCACCCUCAACGGCACAACAGCUAUCUCGCUCCCCUUCUCGACGACGACCGCAACGGCCGAACGCUCGUCUCCGCCUCCCAACUCUGCAAACCAAGGGCCUCGCGCACGACGACCCGUCCAGCAAACCCACAACGUCGAGACAGAAGUAGACGUCUGGCUCGUCGACUCCCAGCCACAGCCAGCAGACGCAGGCCAACCCGACUUUAGCUUCCCCGUCAUCUCGUCGGCGGCGUAUUCUCCUCCGCCUUCUCCCCCUCCGAAAGAUGCGCCGGCACCAGCAUCCAAAAGCGGGUUCUACAGCAAGUCUUCGUCGAUCGCGCAGGCGCGGCAACACAAGCAGCGGAACUUGAAUUGGCGCGACAAGGGCCAGGAGAUCGCGAGGUUGAGGAAGAAGGCGGCGUCGAAUCAGGGGUUGACGGUGCAGCAGAUUGCGGGUGGUGCAGGCACCCUUGCGGUCUUGAUGCUUGUCGUCAUCUUAUGGGCGAGCAGACAGGGGAAGAGCCCCAUCGUCAAGCACAUGCAGCGGCGGGAACAGAUCCUCGCUGCGAGUCUGGCGCCGACUGCGCCAAACAUGGCGAAGCAGAAGGCCGUUCGACCGCACGACUCGUUCCGAGACGAGCUGAGUACCGACUCGAAGUACCUCAUCAGCCCUCCGCACGGCGACUUCGCCGAGCAAACGAUGAACCUCUACCACCUCACCCACCUCUCGACCAUCCUCCAGCGCAUCGCUAUCGCACAUCCCUUCCUCCUGCCCGACCCCGACAAGCCCACCCUCACGACCUCUCACCCCGUCUCGACAAUCUUCGACAUGUCCCGCUUCAGCGCCGGCACGUCCGUCGCCGUCUUGGACUGGAACGACCUCCGUCCGCACGAGGCGGCGGAGGCGGGAAAGACCGAGCCGCUGGGAUGUUGGAUUGGGAUGCUGGGUGAGGAGGAGAGGAAUGAGAGGACGAGGAAGAUGCAGGGGACGGGGUUGAGUCCGAGUUUUGUGCCGGUGAGGUUGGCGCUCGGGCAGAAGGAGUCGGGGCAAGGGGAUGAUUUGAAGGAGACGCACGCGUUCCUCUCGCGCUUCGACCGCGACUCGACAGCCAAGACGGGCUUGAUCAACCAAGCGAAGCACGACUCGUCCAUCUCGACGACCGGAUCGACUCGCCGACACGCCAAUCCCGAAAACCACGUCUUCUGCAUCGACCACUCGCUGUACCGCCCCGAGCACCCGACGACUAAGCACUCGACGACGCACCUCGACCCGCGCGACCACACCGCUUUUUUCAAGCACGGUCGGCACUUGCAUUUCGCUGCGGAUGUGCAUGAAGCGGCGGGCGACAUCGUCGCCUAUUUGCUCGGCCACCGCGCGCCGUUCAUCGCCGUGCACAUCUCGGCCCGCGCAAAAGCGAGCGAAUGCCGCCUCCUCAACCAGCCGGACCGGUGCCAGCCCAACUUGAUCGAGUACCAGCGCGCUGUCGACCGAGUCAAGCACCUCGUCGCGCAGGGUGCGGGACGCAAGUCGCGCGAGCACCGGCACUCGGCGAGGAACCUCUCUAUCGUCGUUUCGACGGACGUCAAGGACCUCGCUUUCCUCGGCGAGUUGUCCAAUCUCGGCUGGACGCUGCUCGACUACGAUGACGGCGAACUGAGGGAGCGGUUCGGGCGGUGGGAUCCGCAGGUGAUGGAUCAGGCGAUUGAGAGUCGCAGUGCGGCGUUUGUUGGGACGAGGGGCAGCCCGCAGAGUACGCUGUCCGCUCUCCGAGUUAGGACGUGGCGGACGGGUCCGACGGAGCUCAUUUGA